AAAAUAAAAAAUUAAUUGUUUGCUGCUGCCGCCCUACCCAAAAAAAAUGGUCCCGCUGGAAUUAUUUUUUUACGUUUUUUUCGGUCAUUUUUUUUUUAUAAAUCGUCAUUUCCGGAUUCCGGAUUUACCGGAUUCGUUUCGGUUUUAGUUUUGACUCUUCGUCGCUCAAACGCUUUAUAAUAGCGAGUUGUUAAAGCGUGCAAAGCACCUUGCUGACGUUGUGGGCUCGGAGCCGCCAUGGACGUCGCUACGCUAAAACGAAAGUUGGCUGCAGUCAGCAAUGAUUACGUAUCGCUGUGCUGUAGUUUGGUGUAUGAAGGAGAACCAGAUAUGCAUAAACAUAACAAGAACAACUAUAUUAUGGAGUUUGGUGUCGGGGACACGUGGAAUGAAGUGCUUGAUGAGCUAUUACAUACCGGCACACACUCGCCGUCACUGCCGGGGAAAACAGAUGUGGUUGAGUUAUCUCUUGCGGCAAAAAACUCGAUCACUGUCUUCCACCCCCAUAUGGAUGAGGCUAUCGAGGUAGCCCAAAACCUCGACAACACUUUGAAAUAUGCGACUUUUAAAGUGAUCAAAUCUACCACAACAACAGAAUCCGAGAGUAACCCGACUAGUACUAGUAAAAGGAACGCCUUCAGUGUCCUGAUGUCGUCAGCGACCGAAUUGUCGAAAUUUGCGAAACACAAGGAUGCUACAGGGCAAAAAUUCACAGAAAAAGAUCGGAUGUGUAAUGAUGUUGUCGAUGCUUUGGCGAAAGACGAUGUAAAGUUUCCCGCCACAAUGUCCGAUGCUGUGAUCAGAAAAAAUGUUGAUGCUAUAACGAAUGCCUUGUGGUAUGUGGAUGGCUGCCUUGGACAGGAGAAACUUGUGUCAAGGAACAAGACAGAGUUUGGCAUGCUUAAAAGCUUCCUGACCACUUUCACGGGCUAUAAUGACCCCAAACGGAAGAAGCAGAAGGUCCAAAUGCUAUCUGCAGAAUCCCUAAGGUUGCACAGCUCCAUACUAUUUGGAGUUUUGGCAUCUCCAUAUACAGCACAAUGGGGAAAGAUGAAGGACACCCUCAGUAAAUUUGCCCUAUGUAUGAGUUCAUACUCUGAUUUUUUAUUGAAGUCCAAUGAAGAACAAAAGCACAGGCAACGGUUGGAUCAUCCGGUCAGGGAAGUAGCGCAGCAUGCAUUCUUACAGGAAGUAGAAGCAGUCGACACAGUUCCAAAUCAGUACCGUCAGCUGGAUUCUAUCCUUGGCCAGCUUGGCUUUUAUGAGUAUCUCUACUUUGACGAGGAAAUUCACGCUUCAGUCUCCUUCCGGAACACGUUCGAGCGCCUUAUCUUUACACGGCACAUCCAACUAUCCUUCCCUAUUAACAUUCUGCGGUAUGAUCCAGGAGGUUCUUGUAGUGCCACCAUAUUUCUUUGGAAAGUGUCUAAAGACAGGGGUCUGAGUCAGGUGAUGAAUGAGGCAAUUAAAGUUGUACAUCACUUAAAACCAAGGUUACCGGAAUACCACACAAGGAGGAUGAGGACGGAUUUUGUUCACAGGUACUGCAAUCUUCACGAUGUCACAAUUCCAAAGCAUGUACUUCGUGCCAUAUAUGCCGAGACUACGUUGGAUGCCACUUCAGACCAAAAUCCCGCAAUGGAUGCAAGGGUGAGACAAGCAUUGCUCUCUGAGGAUUCUGAUCUUGUUUUGGAUAUGCGCCACUUGAAUAAAGGACGACCUGGUGAUACGUUUCAGGUUUUUUAUGACAUCCUUGCAGCAAAAGUUGAAGAAAUGUGUGCUGCAGACGAGCGCCGACAUAAUAUUGAGCACAUGUCAGCAUACAUCUCAGUCAGGGACCUCAUUGAAGAUGUGAAGAAGGUGCUGGAACCAGACACUCCCAUUCCCAGCGAGUCUUCCGUAUUGUUUGCUUUUGCACCAAAAAAUGCAUAUCUCCACACAGCAAAGCUAUACAAGUCCAAGGUGCCAUUACAGUUUAAGAUACAGACGCGACAACUGAGACUUUCACACCAAGAUGAUCACUACUGCGCAGCACAGUACAAAUACAUGCGUCACUUUGCACACCAGUUUAGAGACCACGUGACUUUCCUCAGCAUCGAUGAUAAAUCAAAGAUUGACUUGGGAGAGCCCGGGCAGCAUGUGACUACUGGCGUCCGAGGGAAAAAGAGCAUUGUGCCCGCUGCUUCCCAGCUCUCUGCCCUUGAUCACGACAUUUCAAGCAAAGGGUCCAUCACACCAUCCGUGUGUUUGAAUGUAGCGAUUCCAGAGGAAAGGGAUGGGUCAUUCUACACAGGUUCGGUGACGGUGACAUACAAGGACGCAAUUUUUCAGGCAAGUAGCCCGUUCCGCCAUGUUGCGGAGAUGCAAACCAUGUUACAGUCGAGGGGACAGGAGGUAAACCCAAUUCUUAUGAUCUUCUCUGACGGAGGCCCCGACCACAGACUCACCUACCACUCAGUCAAGCUGUCACUAAUAGUUUUAUUCAAAAAUCUAGAUCUGGACCUGCUUGUGGCAGGGAGAACAGCCCCAGGCCAUUCCUGGUUGAAUCCAGUCGAGCGGAUCAUGUCUACCUUGAACCUGGCUUUCCAAAAUGCAGCCAUUGCAAGAGAAGAAUGUGAUGGGGACAUUGAACAAGUUCUGAGAAGCGCGAACUCGAUGGCGGAGAUAAGAAAGAAAUCUGAGAAAGUCCCAGCUCUGAAACCGGCAUGGCUGGAAUCACUGCAACCGAUUAUCUCGGUCUUGCGAGAACGUACUGAGAGGUUAUCACUAAAAGGAACACCAUUCCAAUGUCGGGAUGCCUCUAGUGACGAACUAGUUAAAGCGGUGGAGCACCAGAUCCGGGAUGAUAUAGACCAGCAGAUUAUGACUGGAAAAUACACACAGAAGGACCUGUCUUCCAAACAAGACUAUCAACAGUUCCUGAAAACCCACUGCAUCCAGCGACAGUAUUUGUUUCAAAUACGAAAGUGUGAAAACCCUACAUGCUGUACACCAAAACGAUGUCCCCAGACCGAAAUACCUGCAGUGCCAGACCCUGUCCUGUCCCAGGACAAAGCCCACUUCAAGCCUUUGGAGGCAGUGAUUGGCCAGGCAACCACAGAUGAGGAUCGUCCAUCUGCCUUAAACAAAACUGUAGCUGCAGUGGCAGAGGAGCUUCAGGGAACCAAGAACAGUCAGCUAACUGCACAGAAUGUACGGCGUACCGUCACCUGCACUGACUGCAGAAAGCCCCGCUGCAUUUAUGCAAAAAAGCAGCUAUCACUGAGGGAGUCCAGGAGCCUGACGAGACUUCUAGAAAGGCAUGAUUAUUCGUGUGGGGCAUUACUGACACCAGAUGGUGAUGCUUUGCAAGGUAUGGUGUUCGUCAAGUUGCAACUAGCCUGCAACACCCACAUCGAAUUUGCAUACUAUGCUACAGGAUUUGCCACAAGGAAAGACGUGUGUUGUCACUGCGCUGUUGAUGGAGUACAGCGAGAUGCCAACUUGCUCAAACAGUAUCGUGUUGUUCUGCCUGUUUGUGCGGAUUGUUUAUUGGCAGGCAAAGACAGUGUGAAAAGGAAUCCAAUAAAAAAUUGAAAUAUUCAGAUAGGCAGGUAGCCCGUUCCGCCUGGCAUGUUGCGGAGAUGCAAACCUGGCAGAUGCAGGCGAGGGGGCAGGAAGUUGAAACCCCAUUCUAACGAUUUUGUCUGACAGAGUCCUCGACUACAGACUCGCCU